GGUCUUUCUGACUUUCUUUUUACAGUCACUGGCUCUGGCUGAGGAUUCAGAAUGGGAGACAAGCCUAUUUGGGAGCAGAUUGGAUCCAGUUUUGUACAACAUUACUACCAGUUAUUUGAUACAGACAGGACCCAUUUAGGAUCCAUAUAUAUUGAUGCAUCAUGCCUCACGUGGGAAGGGCAGCAAUGCCAGGGCAAAGCCGCCAUAGUUGAAAAACUCUCUAGCCUUCCUUUUCAAAAAAUACAGCACAGCAUCACAUCACAAGACCACCAGCCCACGCCGGACAGUUGUAUACUCAGUAUGGUUGUGGGCCAGCUUAAGGCUGAUGAAGAUCCUAUCAUUGGAUUCCACCAGAUAUUUCUAUUAAAGAACAUCAAUGAUGCCUGGGUUUGCACCAAUGACAUGUUCAGGCUAGCACUGCACAACUUCAGCUGAGCUGGUACCCCCAAGGCACCUGUGCUUUCUCUUUCUCCUGCCCUUUACCGAUAUAUUCACACUCACAGAACAUUCCAAAUAUCAUACACAAACCUGCAACAUCGCAGCGAGUGCGCAAGAUCCAUGACCUGCCCUUCUGCCAAGUUUACGUUGUGUCACUAGAUGAGUUUCUUGUGCAUGAUGUUUGGAAGUUAGACUUAGCUGCAUUUGACAAGAGAAGUGUGUGUUGUAUCAGCAUGCCUCGGAAAGAGUCCAUAAUGCAAAAGGUUGUGUCUUUAUGUACUGACAAGUUGCUCUAGUAACCCAAAGAAACGAGAGGAAAGAACAGCAGCCUGUACAGCCCAGAUACUGAUUUGUUUCAGAUGUCUCAAUGCUACAUUAUACAAUAAUAAAACCAUAAGAUUUUCUUAAC